CGGAGGGCUGCGCGACACAGCAUACAACGUGUCCACUGAAUUGCCGAUGCCACGGAUCCUAACAGGAGCGUUACGUUCCUAAUAAGUUUACGGCUCUGAUGAUUUCUCUACGAGGGGGAGAAUGCGGCUUCUCAUGUACACAACUUUGUUCGGAUUUUUUCUCAGAGCAGGGAUCACCCUGCAGAUCCAGUGCUACCAGUGCGAGGAGGUUAAGCACAAUGACUGCUCCACCCCGGAGUUCAUUGUCAACUGUACCGUCAACGUACAAGACAUGUGUCAGAAGGAGGUGCUGGUGAAGGAGGACGGUGAGUGCCACGCCCGCCGGGUGGCAUCAGGUGUGCACUACCGGAAGUCCUGCGCCUCCUCGGGGGCGUGCCUCAUCGCCUCGUCCGGCUACCAGCAGUUCUGCACGGGGAAGCUUCACUCUGUCUGCAUCAGCUGCUGCAACACGCCCCUCUGCAACGGGCCACGGCAGAAGAAGCGGCCCAUCCCCUCAGCUGCGCUGCCAGCCCCCCAACCCCGCCCCUCUGCUGGCCUCCUCCUCCUUUUGGUACUGCCCCUCCUGCUGACGUAGGGACCACACCCUCCUGGACCUCUCCUCCUCCUUUUUUUUCCCAGAGACUGCUUCUCCAGCACUCAAGAUGACGUUUCCUUUUGUUUUGCUCCACCUCUUUCUUUCCUUUUUUGAUGCGUUGGCUUGACGGACACCCACAAGGGGUCCCGACCGCAUCCGCUUUCACUUCCCAGAGCACGCAAAGUGCCCCCUCCCGGUAUGCGUAUGCCGCUUCCGUCAUGUUUGCUAGCUGGUUGUGGUCUGCAUCCGAUUUUAUGCGUGGGAGGGGGAAAAGGCCACUGCCGCAAUCGUAAUGUCUGGCGAUAUUUGGGCGCCAUGGACUGGCUGUUAUGAAAAGCCAUGCUCGCUCUUCGCCGUUGCUUUUCCUGAUUUUGGAAGUGUCUGAUUUCCUGUGCUUGCUGAUGCUGGCUAAUGGAGACAAGGGGAAUGGAGCUCCAAGCAGUUUUGCAACAGUCAGAUGUACAGUAGUAGAGACAUGACAGAGUAAACAAAAGUCAAUAGACUGCAGCUCUCUCGGAGAACACCUUUUUAAUACUGUCACGAUAUUGACAUCAUGUGACUACAAUAAUAAAUCUGAGUAGAUUUUAGAUGGAAGAUGUCAUUUAUUACACAUUAUAAAUAGUGAAAUAAGUCUAUUAACACAGGGGUCUAGUGCAAUGUCAUUUGUAUAACAGAUCCAGUUUGAUGAAAUCAUUGCAAAUGGAAUAAAUGUCCUGUAAUGUGUGAGAGAUUUAUAUGCUGUGAGAUAAACUGACCCUGAUCAGGUUUCACUGUCUUACCCUGAAUCCACUACAAUUUGACUUUCACAAGGUUGAGUUGAAGCCUCCCUUUGAUCCUGGUGGAUCGUUCAGUGUCUUCGCGUUGUCUUGAUUUUGGCCUUCUUGCAUCAUUGUCUGACCAGGAGCAUAAGGGGUUAACAUAAAAAUGGGAAGACUGGGUGUAGAAAUUUUCAAUACAGAAAGUGCUUGCUUUUCAGCUGCCUCAGUUUCACAAAAGAAACGGCUUUGAGAGUGUGUUU